ACGAGCGCUGAAUUAUUGGGCAGGUGCAGCCGACAACACACGCAGCACAUACAAGUAGUUCGCCUUGCCCAAUGGCCAAUGCAAUCAUUAAACCACGGACACGAUUCAUGUACAAAACGGCUUCAACGACUGGGGAUCAGCUUCAAUUAAAUCUGCACACAUCGUCCCUCCCUUUCUUUAAGCUUAUCGCUUUCAUGUCGGAGAGCCUUUCAGCUGUGCGAUGUGCUCCCCUCACCUGUCUGUCAUCCCUUGAGCUGGCGUCGAUGCUCCCACGUCGCCUUCCUCCUCCUCCUCUCGGGGUCGGCCCCCCGGGGGGCGCUAUAUACAUGCGCACGCAUCGCACAUCCUGCAGCGGCACCGACACGCGCGCCGACGCAAAGCAAAGAACCAGACUACGUGCAGCAAAGAAUCCAUUCGCCGGCCGACCGCCAUGUCCGUCGCGGGCGCCGUGACCACAGCCGCCGUUCCGUCCCGAGCGCCCAUGUCGUCGGCGUCCGUCGACGAGGCGCGCUGCGGGGGCGGGGCCACUGCGGCAGCGGGGGCGGGUGGCUCGCCGUUGCCGGCCCCACCUCACGAGUGCGCGGUGUGCCUGUCCGAGCUGCCGGCUGGAGCCGAAGCGGCGGUACCGGUACGGCGACGGACGCUGCCGGCGUGCGGCCACGCGUUCCACGCGGACUGCAUCGGAAGGUGGCUGCCGCUGCGCCCCGAGUGCCCUCUCUGCCGCCGCCCCGUGCUGCUCGCCGGUGGCGGCGGACAACGGGCGGCCGCCGGGGCGCCAGCUGCGUGGGCGCGGCCGGCGGCGACCAUAGCGUGCGGCUUCGGCGACGGGAGGGUGGUGUGGUCGCGCAGCCCCGUCCCUCCGCCAGACAGUGACUGAACCGUUUGGUUAGAGGCCUUUUGGAUUACUUGCUGUCGGCAGAGUUUGUUCGUGGUUUGCACGUUCGUCUGUGUGUUCAGCGUCUGCAUGAACAUUACUUAGUCUAAUUGCGUGCCAAAGACGGAAACAGAACGCUGGAUUAGUGUGCGUACGUGUUUUGCAGUUUUACCGCAGCAUGGCAGAGCCUGUCUGUAAAAAAAACUGCAAAAGUUAUAUAUGCAUGCACUUGUAACGAGUUUCCACCUGUAAAUUUCUUGUGCAUAUAUAAGGAAAAACCUCCAUAAAAUUUCCCCAUGCA